AUGGCUUUUAAACUAUUCAACUACAACCCAAGUCUACCUGCUGCAAUAGCAUUUGCAGUUGUGUUUGGCCUUCUUACACUGAUUCAUUCCUUCAUGGUAUUUCACGUUGGUUUUAAACAAAACUUGACCUUCAACAGUGGGAGAAAAAAGCGUCUCUGUUGCAUCAUGAUCCCUUUCAUCAUCGGUUUAGUUAUGGAAUCCGUAGGUUACGUGGCCAGGGCAAUUGCAACUCAAAACAAAGACUCAGUUAUUGUAUACUGUAUGCAAUCGACCUUCAUUUUGAUUGCCCCAGUUUUGAUGGCCGCUACUCUGUACAUGGUAUUUGGAGAACUGGUUAAAACUACCGACACUGAAAAGCACAUUUGCAUUUCUAUGAAGUACUUCACUAAAAUCUUAGUUGCAGCUGAUAUUGUCUCACUUCUGGUUCAAGCCGCAGGGGGUGGAUUGAUUGCAAUGGAUAGCGCUAGAAAGUGGGGAAAAAUUAUUGUCAUUGUUGGACUGUUUAUUCAGAUCAUCUUUUUUGGUGGAUUUUUCGUCCUCUCCAUUCUCUACACGAUCCAAGUGCACAAGCAUGCCAAAAGACACAUUUCCAAGUACAGUCAUUGGAUGCUUUCUUUUGUCGUUUUAUUCGUAACGUCACUUUUGAUCUUGGUUCGAUCCGUCUUUAGAGUUGUUGAAUUCUUUGGCGGUUAUGAUGGUGCCAUUGCCUCAAACGAAAAAUUAAUCUACGGGCUUGAUGCGGUGCCAAUUCUUGUUGGGAGUGUUAUUUUCGUUUUCUUCAACUACUCAAGGCUCCUUUGCAAGUACCAGACACUGAAUGAUGGCUCAGAUUUCUUAUUGGUCGAUAAGAUCCUUCCUUCUGAAGAAGGAUCACAGAAGGAGUCGUAUUGA